GUCUAUGGGUUGGGUUUCGAGAAAGAUUACAAAUUCUGAAUUUAUAUAAUAUUUGUAGGUGAAAGGGUGCAAAGCAGAAUUAUGGAUAGAGCCGGAAACAAUUAAAAACAAGAAAAAACAAAGUUUGGCUACGGAACUCAACCACGCGGUUUCAUUUCUUUUCCUUUUUUAUUUUUAUUUUUGCAUCUAUCUCCUCUUCUCUUCUUCCCACCUGACUCAGGUAAUUGGUGCUUCCAUGGACGAGGUGAUCACGGCCGCUGAUGCCUCAUCGAAUGGAUCUACAUCAUCACAGACCUCCAUCAUUCCUUCUAAUCUCCCUCUCCUCUCUGCCUUCCUCUCCUUCGCUCUCGCUCAGUUUCUCAAGCUCUUCACCACCUGGUACAAAGAGAAAAGAUGGGACUCUAGAAGGAUGCUUGGGUCAGGAGGAAUGCCCUCGUCGCAUUCAGCUACUGUGACAGCUCUGGCAGUUGCUAUUGGUUUCCAGGAAGGAACUGGAGGAUCGGCCUUUGCCAUUGCAGUGGUUUUGGCAUGUGUUGUCAUGUAUGAUGCUACUGGUGUAAGACUCCAUGCUGGUCGUCAAGCUGAAUUAUUAAAUCAAAUAGUAUGUGAGCUACCUCCAGAACACCCAGUUUCUAGUGUUAGACCUCUACGCGAUUCACUUGGUCAUACUCCAUUGCAGGUUCUUGCAGGUGCAAUGUUGGGAUGUAUAGUAGCUUCCCUCAUGAGAAGUUCCAGUUAGCUAGCAGAUGGUUAAUUAGAUUAUUCUCUGACUUAAAGAGUGAAUCACGGGCUCUAAAGGUCAUUGCAAGCAUUUCCACAGAAGAUUUCUCAACAAUUUUCCCCCCGUCAACAGUGAAAAGGAUUGACCGAAAAAAAAGUAUGGCAAGUUUGUAAUCAGAAUUCAACUGUAAAAACGUAAAAAAGUGUGUUCUAAUGCCUUUGAACACUUGGCUAUAUGAUUGUUCAUCCCAAGUACAUAAAGAUGAUUGUGUUUUUUUAAAUUAUUUUUGGCAGUCAGGAUAUGAUCUUUACCAA